CAGGGUUUUCCUGUCGGAACGUAAAUAUCAGCGUGUCAAGGAAAAUGAAAAUGAGGGUUUCCUCCCCAGCUGAGCGCCUGGGUUGGAGCUUCAGCCUCAAUAGGACAUGAAAUCCCUGAGGUUUCACUGGAUCUGCCUCUUCCUCCUCUCUGUUUGUCUGUUGCUAUGGUACAAUCAUGUGAUGAGGUCUGGACUUGCCAUGAAAACAGGCCUGCAUGGUUAUGUGAGGGUUCAUCCCAACACUCGCUCAGCUUCAUAUUUCCUGGACUUCCGCUGCGGCCGCUGUGCCGUGGUGUCCAGUUCCGGGCAGAUGCUGGGCGGUGCACGGGGUCAGGAGAUCGACGGACAGGACUGUGUGAUCCGGAUGAACGCGGCGCCCAGCGUCGGAUACGAGGCUGAUGUGGGGAACAGGACCAGUCUGCGUGUGGUCUCUCACACCAGCGUGCCACACCUGGUACGGCAGCAGGGCUAUUUCUUCGGGCGAGAGGCGGAAACUACAUAUGUCAUUUGGGGCCCUGAGAAAAACAUGAGGGAGGAUGGAAAGGGGAAAAUCUUCAAUGCACUAGAGACGCUGGCCAAGAAGUAUCCACAAUCACAUAUCUACACCGUCACCAGAGAAAAGGUCCAGUACUGCGACAGCGUCUUUCAAAACGAGACGGGCAAAAACAGGAUGAAAUCGGGGGCGUUUCUCAGUACAGGGUUUUUUACCAUGAUUUUGGCUCUGGAGGUGUGUGACAGUAUUCUGGUUUAUGGAAUGAUUGACGGCUCUUACUGCAGUAACGCCAACCACUCGUUUGUGCCGUACCACUACUACAAGCCGUCGCGUCUGGAUGAGUGCCGCAUGUACCGCACUCACGAACAUGCCAAGAGGGGCGGCCAUCGCUUCAUCACAGAGAAGCUCAUUUACAGCCGCUGGGCGUCUCAGGGGAAACUACGCUUUGUUUACCCACCCUGGUCACAGCAGGAACAUCAGCAAGACUAGUUUCAACCAGGUCUGACCCUGUGUGAAGUUGUAGGUUGUAUGUCAGGUUAUGAAAAACCACUGCGGUGCUUUUACUGUGUACCCUCAGCUGUCAGUUUGGCGUUUGAAUCAUGCUGCUUUGCCUUUGUGUGUUCGGUACAGUUUUAUUCCUUCAGUCUUAAAGGGGUCAUAUGAUGCGAUUUCAAGUUUUCCUUUCUCUUUGGAGUGUUACA